AUGAGGCGAACUGUCCACUCUGAUCGAUCCUCAUCUGAGGAAUUCGCGAGCGUGUCAGACCAGAUUCGCAUCGCGGAACUUCAUUCGAGCCAGCGUAAAGGACUCGAUCUAGGCCGGUGUUCCCGCGACACAACCAGCUCUUUCGGAUCUGGAAUCACCACGAUGGUGGGUAGCCUGAUCGAGACUCUGCACGACCGAAAUUGCGGCUGCUCGGGAUUUCCGAUCCGGGUUGAGCGCUCGAUGCUGGGCAGCGACACUCUACUCCUCUCAAAUCCCAAUAUGGCUGCGCACAAAGUCGGACACCUGAAUUUCCUCCUGCAGAGCUCUCGGUUUGCUCUUGACUGA